AUGAGCAGUGUAGUAGAAUGUCUGGAAUUACAACCCGCGGAAAUCAGCGGUUUGAAAGCUGCCGGAAAGAUUUUCUCCAUGUAUCUUCAAGUUGCUGCAACUGUUGUGAAAGGUGAUUGUAACAAACUGAUUGAUUAUCUCGGCUACAAAGAAGCAGUGGCUAAAGCACCAAAAGUUUUGCAAAAUUUUGUGCCGACGAAGAUUUUCAUCGAUUUGCUUCAAAUUUCGGAUGAAACAGGGAGCGAUGGUCUUGUGCCAGUUGAUUCAAUUAUUAAUUAUAUAAUACUUAGGAAGCGUAAAAUGAUGAAUGUGAUCAGUUUGCAUUAUUAUGAUUCUGUGGGAAAUGGAUAUCUCACUGGAGAGGAGAAUGAAGAGACGCUCGAAUACUAUUUGCAUAUAGCAACUCAGAAAUUCAUCUUCCUGCUUGAUCCGAUGCGCCAGAAUAAAAUUCGUAUAAUUGAUAUUGUGGCAAGUCGAUUGCUCGAAGAAAUGCAAGCCUUAAAUGAGGAGACAGCAAACACAACAACCGAUGGUGGCACUGCCGAAUCGGAGGAAAACGAGCAGGAAACGUCAAAAAGUGGUGAAACGUUCUCGAAAGAGAAUUGUCUACGGAUAAAGGAAAUGUAUUUCCAGCUUGAUUCUGAUUUCAACGGGUUGCUGUCUUUGUCAGAAAUGACUGAUUUUCAGAAAGAUCCCUCCGCUCUGAGCUAUUAUUUUCGAAUCAUGGAUGUUGAUGGCGAUAAUUUACUGACUGCUCCAGAUAUAUCAUUCUUCUAUCGCGAAAUUGCUGAAAUGCUGGAGGAUAAUUUCCCAGAAAAUAGCUCUCAAAAGGCUCCAUCGCUGGAAGUUAUUGUUUCUGAGGUGUUAGACAUGUGUCAUCCAAAAAACCCUCAUGGGAUAACGUUGAAAGAGCUGAUUUCGUCUGGUAAAGGCGGAACAGUGGUGGGAAUGUUAACAGAUCUGGAUGCAUUCUUUGAAUAUGAAAAUCGCGAAGAGCACAUUUUUGAUGAAUGA